AUGUCGGGCCAGUCAGGCAAGUGGCGCGAGGACCAGGUCCUCGUCAUCUGCCCCGGCAGCCAGACGACGCUGGCUCAGCUGGGGUGCAACGAACUGACCCCGCCGGCCCGCCGCUUCCCAACGCGCAUGUUCCGCGACCCAGAGGACCCCAGCAAGUGGCGGCCAUAUCAUACCUACAAGCGGAAGAAAGAGGGAACUACUGGUGAAGGGGAGGACAAGGAUGAGUGGGAGUGGGUUGAGGAUGUGGAUUCGAUUGAGGGAGCCGUUUAUCCUAUGCAGGCUGGUCGGAUUGUCCAGAUGGAUGCUUUCCUUGCCCUCCUGGAGCACGUACACUCGCAGAUGACGACGACAUACCAUAACACACCGAUCUUGCUGAUGGCUUCGCCGCAAUGGACGCGCCCCGAUCACGAGGCCAUCGCGCGCUACAUCUUCGAGAAGACCAAGACGCCGGCCCUAUGUCUGAUCCACAGCGGCCUUGCGACACAGUAUGGCCUAAAAUGGCCCAAUAUGACUGUCGUGGACAUCGGCUACGAGAAGGUCGACGUGACAUGCAUCUACGACGGGCGUAUCGUCUCACAAAAGAAUGUUGGCCCCCGGCCCGGCGUCGGCGGCCCCGAAGAAACCGACAUCAGCGGCGGCGAGGUGUUCACGCGCAGCCUGCUCAAGCUGCUCGAGUCCAAGGGCUUCAACUACGACAUGGCCGAGCAGCUCAAGCGCAGCAACAUUUGCGAGGUGCUGCCGUACGCGCCGGAGCACCCUGAUUUGAUGGAGAUCCCGCCGGAGAUCGAUCCCAAUGCGCCCAACGCGCCGCAGAUCGUCGAGCCGGGUGAUGACGUCGACACGGGCGCUGACACCAAGGAGGUUGAGGAUGGUGUGCUGGAUGUCGCGAAUAUUGUUGCCAGCGGCCAGACCAGGGAGUUCCUUGCCAAGAGGGAGCGCGAGAAGGCAGAGCGCGAGGCGGCAAAGAAGAAGAAGGGCAAGGAUAAGGAGGCUGGUAGUGGUGACGCCCCGCCGAAGCCGGUCAAGCUGCCGAACUCGAAGCGGUACAAGAAUAUCUUCCAUUAUGAGGAGCUUGUUACCGAGGAAGUGCCUGUGCAGCCGUCGCCGCCGCCGCCGCCGGCGACGGCGACGGAUAGCAACGGCGACGUGACCAUGGCGGAUGCUGCGCCAGCUGAGAAUAAGGAGGGGGAGCAGGCUAGCAAGCCAGAAGGCGAGCAACCUAAGGCUGAGGGCGAGCAACCCAGGACGGAGGGUGAACAGCCCAAGACUGCUGAGGAGAGCCCAGAAACUAAGCCGGAGGAGGCUGCUGACUCCGAGAAGAAGCUAGAAGAGCAGCAACAACAGUCAUCAGAGCAAAAGGACGGCCAAACAGAGCAAAAAGACCAGGCCCAACCGCAGGCAGACCAACAACAAGCCAAUGGCGCCGCCCAACAAACGGAGCGCAUCACCCGUCGCGUACGCCGGGACAUUGAAGUCGGCCCGGAACGCUUCCAAUUCGCUUCGCGCCGCGAAAUCGAUCGCAUCGCAACAGCCAUCUACCGCGCGAUCCAGUCCAUCGACGACAUCUACAUGCGCCCCGCGCUCUGGGAAAACAUAGUCUUUGUCGGCAACGGCGCGCGCAUCCGUGGCCUGAAAGACAACAUCAUCCAGACGCUCACCCACCGGUACCUCAUCUCGCCGUCGUCGGCAUCCAUGUUUGUAGGCGACCUGCCGUCUAACAUCGGCACGCCCUCGGGCACUGGGUCCCAGACCCCGAAUAGCGCGGUUGGCGCCGGUGGCCCGCCGCAUCAGUUGCCUGGAGCCGGGGCCGGAAGCGGAGUGAAUCCGUUGCUGCAGGCUGCGACGACGGCCGCGGCCGCUCAAUCCAACCUCACUGUACCAGGACAGACACCCGGCGGGGACGCGAAUAACGCCGGAGGUGGCACGAGCCAGUCCUUCCAUAGCCAGACGCCGACGGUAAUCAAGACGGCGCAGCUGCCAACGUAUUUGAGCGAGUGGAGCAAGCAUGGGUUUGAGGAGGCCAUGUUCCUGGGGUCGUUAGUGGCGGCCAGAUUGGCGUUCUGCAUACAUAACUUGGAUGCGCAGGGCUUGGAGGCGCAGAAGGGGAUGAGCUUAACUAGGGUGGAUUAUAACUACGACUACAAAACAGGCACCAUCUCUCCCGACGUGGUAGAGCAAGCGCAGCAGGCUAUGCAGAACAUCGCCGCGGCAUUAGCUGGGGCCGGCUGCACUGUGGCAGACGUUGUGAGGGUGCGAUACAUCCUGCCGGAUAGGGCUGACUUUCCCAAGACUUGGCCGGUGCUGAAGAAAUGGUUUGGCGAGGUCAGGCCGGCAGCAACCAUGAUCCAGGCUGGUUUGAUGGAAGAAGCGAUGAAGAUCGAGAUUGAAGCAACGGCACGAAAGUCAGAUGACCGUGAGAGGGCGGUAGGGAAGGGGACAGAAGGGCCAUUAGGACUCUAA